AUGGCUCAGCCCUUUGACUGCCUCUGCGGCCGCCCCUCCUGCCGUGGCCGCAUUGCUGGCGCCCGUGAUAUGACUGCUGAGCAGCUCACGGGUAUCUGGCUCAACUCCCACAUUCGCGAGCUCCUUGAGGAGCGCGAUACCGCCGCCGCCGCCGCCGCCGCCGCCACCACGGCGAGCAACGGCCAGACCAACGGCCACCACGCCAACGGCACCAAGACCAUUGCCCCUGAGAAUGGGGUCGACCAGACCGCGGACGCGCUGAGAGACGCGCUCAAGCACGCCGAGCAGGUCGUCCAGGCCGCCAAGACGGCCCUCGCGACCUACCUCGACUCCCGUACCGGCUCCGCCUACCCGGCCGCCGCCGCCGCGGACGGAAACGGGGCGGUCCAUGAAAACGGCGAGCAGAACGGUAAAGCCGGAAUGCAGAGACGUGGGGUGACGUCACGAGAAAUGAGCGGUGAGAUGGGCGGCGAUACGCUCUUGGAGUAG